UUUUAAGACUCCAGCAGAGGAGGUGAGGGCUCCAUGACUUGCUCACAUCCAGCAUAAGGAGCUGUCAGUCACUUUGCUUCCUCUGUACUCAGCUGAGAAAACUCACAGAAUCCGCUAGGAUCCACGCUGCUCGUCUGGAAUCACAGGCCCCAACAUGGCCUCUCAGAUCCCAGCUCUCCCUCAGUCCUACGCUCCUGGGACCGACAGCGUCUUCUCGGACCAGUCUGGUUUUUAUUCUCUGGACUCCAACGUUCCCGGGCUCUCCAAGGUGAUUCUCAACAAGCUCAACAUGAAGGACUACGGAGAGUACAGGGCUGCCGUUGUGGGAAAAGCUAAAGGAAUCUCGUUCCGCAACUAUAAGGAGAUGUUCCAGAAGAUGGAGGAGACCUUUGAGUUCUGCACCGGCUGCAACAAGCUGCCGGAGCAUCUCGGCGAGAACCAGACCCUGAAGCGUUGUGUGAAGUGCUUGAACGUGUACUAUUGCAACAAGGACUGUCAGAGAAAAGACUGGCCUCAGCAUAAAAGAGUCUGCAAAACACUGCGUCUGGUGGCCAUUGACAGACUAGUGGAGUGGCUGAUGUUCACUGGAGACCUCCCUUUCCCCACUGACGAUUGGUCAAAGUCAGCCCCUGAGGUGAAGAACUGGAAUGAUUGGCUACCCAUGCAGGGCGACCUCACGCCACGUCUGGAUGCCAUUUUGUCCGGUGCCAACAUGGCGACCCUUUGGGACAACGCCAGCCGGACGCGGCCCGAUGAUGCUGACCUGCGUCAGUCUUUGUGGCGCCUUCAGAGCGAGUUCCUCUCUCGAGUUCUCACAGUUGGGAUGGCAGUUCAACACUUUGGCUUGGACCCGCACGCCAAACCCCUCACCAUUCACGUGGCAGGGGCGUCCCACAAUGAGACCAUGAGAGCAAGUCUGAACGACUAUGACGAACUCAACCACAUGUUUCCCGGACACCAGGGCAUAGAGAUCGUCAUGGUGGGGCCGGAAGUGGUGGACGGGCCCAUCAUGAGGCCCCCUCUCAGGGGGUUUGGACCCAGGCAGAAGGUCUUCAUCAGCGCCUAUAAGGGGCUGUACCACCAAUUCUGGGAGGAGCUCGUGGAGGAACAGGAAGCAGCUAAGCCAGACCUGGUGGUCGGAUUUCAUCCUGGGUUCCAUGCCAACCAGGGUCUGGUGGAAGGCUGGCUGCCCACGCUCCUGCUACUCCGAGACUCCAACAUCCCAUCCUUCUUCACCAUGUACAGCGAGAUGGAGCUCAAGUACUCGAUGCAGAUCCUGCUCGAGCUGGAGAUGCACAUCAGGGACAGCGGCUCCAAUCCGUUCGCCUCGCAGAAGCCGGAGCAGGUCCAGGCCUGUCCCAACAAAACGCCGGUCCACUGCAACUCGCACUACAUCUGCUUCCAGGGACUGCUGCCAAGUGAGGACUUUAAGGAAUUAGGUCCAGACAACUAAGAAGAUCAGAGUUUGUUUGGGUUCUCACAGCUCCCUAUAAGGAUGUGCACUUUGGGAACGUCGUGGACUGUGAGGUAAGGUAAAUUCCUGCAGAUUUACCUUACAUUACUCAUCUGUGCAGCUUCUUGGCAGAUACAGAAAAUGCAGCUUACAUUCUCGUUACAUAUCUACGUUUUGUCCCUUGUAUUCUGGAGCUCAGUAUUGGGUCGACCUCCACCAAGGCCCACAGUAAAUUCAGUCUAGCUGCACCAAAUUGCACACUGGUUUUUUUUCAUCAUGAUGCAUGAAUCCUUCCCUGGGAAAUAAAUGAAAUGCGGAUCGGCACCAAAAUGUAAUGACUUCUUUCCUGACGCACACUGCAUUUACAAGAAUCCGUCCACUCAAGUGGAGGAAAUAAAGUUAAUUGUGUGGGAUGAUGCCAUCUGAGUUUGUACCUCAUUGGGGCCCCUCAGGUGCAUCAUGGGUGUACAAGCAUAAUGAGACAAAAAUGGGUUCAGUCCUUAUUUGAUGGGUUGUCUGUAAUGUGAUUUGCAGCUGAAUUUAUUCCUAACGUUAAAUGCAUGGCAGGUGCAACAUGAUGUAAAAUCACAGUGAAAUAAAUCAUCGUUAUUCUC